UGGUUGAACACGCAACAGAAAGUUCGUGAAAUUGACAGUCCCAAACUAAAAGAAGGCUCGCGACAUGGCACGUCGCACCUGCGACGAAAGGCAUUCUCCUAGCAGAUCGAGUGAAGAAGAAGAACUUCCAUGGUACUGCUGCUAUGGUGCUUCUCGAAUGUUUCUACUCUGUUCUGUGAGGAAUUAGCACCAUUCUCAUUAGCACCGUUCUUCCAAGAGCUAAGAGGAUCCAGCAUUUGAACCAUGGCUACUCAAACACCCGUGGACGCCCAAAGUGUCUCCCAGGCCAAGAGCGCUGCGAAAGUAAUGAUCACUACAAUGCCCAGAAUCCCUCAGACUGCGACCGUUCUGCUGACCUUGUUCGUCACCCGCGAGAGCACCGUCUCCCUUCAGCGCGAUCCUCUCGCUCAUUAUUGCCAGGAAGAACUUGUCCUACACGCCCAGGAGUUUCUGCUCAAACUAGAAAAGCAGGUCAUCAAUUACCAGGACGUCCGAGACAUGAUAGAAAACCUCGUCGGGCUACACACGAUGUGCCUCAAGAAGGACCCCGAAGUUGCGCGAACCUUGGGCGAAACCCUUCGCAAGUUCAUCAUCAUUAUUGGGGAGGUUGCAAUGACGCUGGAGAAACUAGCCGAGGUAACACCCUCCGACUGGCUCGCUAUAGGGGACGCUGUUGUCGGAAAACUAGAACGUCUCAACCCGCCAAAACCGCCUCCGUUCUCAACAUUUAUUCCCAAAAUGCGAGACUUUCAAAACUUGAAGAUGCUCGGUGCAGGUGGCUUUGGCGCUGUGUACUUAGCCAAAUACCGGCCCGCAAACUUCGUCGCCACCGUCAAGCUCGUGGCCAUGGACCGAUUCGCAAAGCACAAACAGGCCUGCAUGGAUAAAGUCGUGGCGUCUGUCAUAAGAAAUCCCUUCCUGGUGAAGUACUACUCCUGCUUUUGCGUUAAGGAGGCUUACGUAACCAUUAUGGAGUACAUAGCUGGGCUGGACCUCAUGCGUGUGGUCACGAAGGAGCAAUACAUGGAGAUUGACGCUGUACAGAUCAUUAUGGCACAGCUUAUCUUAGCCCUCGAACACAUGCAUCUGCGGGGCUUUCUGCAUCGGGAUAUCAAGGUCUCCAACAUGCUAAUCCUUCCUGGAGGGCGCGUUAAAGUAAUCGACUUCGACACGACAAAAGUCUGCAUUGCCCACUUGUCGAGACGGGUUUUGCGGGGCUACUUCAAGAGGACCCCGUACGAGUUCAACGACGGCGAGUCGGCUGGUACAAUUCCCUACAUGGCACCCGAAAUCCUCAAAAGGAGACCUUACGGACGCUCUGCCGACUGGUGGUCAUCUGGCAUAGUCAUGUACAAGCUGCUCACCGGACGCGUUCCCUUCCGAGGCAAGACGAAGCAGACGCUUCGAGAGCGCAUUAUCACAGCUCCGCUCAAGUGGCCGCGUCCCGAAGACAGUCCUCACUCGGCGACAACACCGGCUAAAGACAUGACGUACCGCAUGCUGAAGAAGAAUCCGGUCGACCGACUUGGUUCCAGAUCGUACAUGGACCUGAAGACGCAUUCCUUCUUCAGCGGCUUCGACUGGGACGCACUUUCUAAGAAGAAAGAGCUGUGCGAUAUCCCCAGCAUUCACCAACUGAUGAAAGAAGACUCCGAACGCGAUCGCAACGCCUGCCCUGACCCUGAAGACAAACGCCGCCAUCAGCAGAUCGAAGAGAUGACUGAUGUGAGCGCUGAAAGUCAGAAACGCCUGCUCUGCUACGCUUCUCCAUCAUUUAAGAAACUCAUGCUCACGGUACGCAAGAGCAAGACCCGUGUGAAAGUGACCGACUCCUUCAUGGAGACGUCCGGCGAGGUCACGUCCGGAAUUGACUACCAAGGAACUGCUCUUGGAAGCAUCGCAGAUGCGCAGAGCAUGGGUCCGGACAAGCUCGACUUGACACUGCGUCGGAGGAAAUCGUUUUGCAGAUUCUGGGACUACGGCUUCACGUUUCAGCGCGUCAAGGGAGAAGACAACAAUUUCCACAUCUACGUCGAUAAUGUGGUAAAAGGAAGUCCCGCAGAAAGAGCGGAGCUCCUUCCCUUGGACGUGAUCCUUGCUCUGAACAGCGAACCCACCGCGCCGAUGCCGCCCGAGAAAGUGAAAGCCGUCCUCAACGGAUCUGGCCCGCAAGUCACUCUGUCAGUGUUGCCAUCGAGCGUGUACCGGCUCAUGUCUUCGCGUCGGGACCUCAUUGGCAUAAUUCGUUCGGCGCCGAAAGACAGCGUCAUACUUGCCGCGUGUGGGGGGAAAUUCCCCUACGGAAUCGGCAUCGUCGAUGCCAACACGUACGAUGACAGCGCCAAGAAACAGAUCAAGGUUAUCAUCAUAACGCACGCCAUGGCACCAGCGGUUAACAACCGUCCGCUGUUCCCUGGCGACAUCGUGACCCAAAUUGACGGCACUGCAGUCGAGGGAAUGGCCAAGGAACAGGCGAUGCAGCUCCUUUCCGCUGGCAAGCCCCAGGUGACGCUGACCAUCAUCGCGAUGUCGCCAUUCCGCGUAAGGCGGGUUCCUCUAACGAGGCUGCAAGAGUCGGGUAUCUCUGAUGCCAGCGUUCCCAGCAAGUCUACAGCUGCUCGCAUCAGCAACCCACCAGAAUGACUUCCACCAGAAAUAAUAUACGCGUCCAACACUACGUGCACCAUAUAUAGAAUAAAAACUUCAUGCA